CUUUAACAUAUCUCUUUAAAAACUAUCAUUAUAAAAAUCAAAUCGCCAUUUAAAAACCCUUAAAACCACAUCACACUCCAAAAACCAAACCCAUCAUUUCAAACACACCAAACAAACAAACAAACAAAAACUCAAAACCAUUCUCCAAAGCAGAACAUGAGCAACGGAGGACAAAGCCACAACAAGUUCUUGAGAAUCAUCUCAACACCUUUCCGAGCUUUAGGCAAGGCUUACGUGAGAAGCAUCACUGGUUGUGCCUCUCGGACUCAGUAUCCAUCCUCAUCCGUCUCCACUGCUUUUCCAAGAAGCAAGAGCUCUUCCUCCGCCGCCUUCUCCUCCUCCGCAUCUACACGUAGAACAACUGAUUUUGGGAUUGGCGAUGAUUACAGCGAGCUAGUGAGAGCUGCGUCGGUUAGGAGUUUUGGGCACAAGAACGAGAUAGACAUGUUUAUACAAGAGAAGGUGAAACAAGAGAAGCUGCAACUGGAGAUGCAGAAGAAGAUGAAGUAUGGAGGGCUGCCGAAGAGCUCGAGCGUAGGGAUGGCGAAGAUAGAUGAAGAUGAAGAAGGAGAGGAAGGAUCUGUGAAUCCAAAGACGACUAAGAAAGUCUCUGAGCUUUUGUAUCCUCGUAGCAAAUCAUAUGCUGUUACUGGUAGCCCUAAGUUUUAGUUUUAGCUUUUGUUUCUCCUUUUUUUUUUCUUAAAGUAAUUUGUGGAUUGAUUUUUGAUAUUUUUAUAGCUUUGAUUUUUUUCUGCAACAAAGAAAUAAUGAUAGAAGUCGAUAAUCUA